AUGCCUACAAUUAUUUGGCUUGGUACUGAUUCGAACAAUCCAAGUAAUAGUUUUUUGAUUAAAUUAAAUGAUUAUCAAGAUGUACAAACAUUCACUAAUAUUGAUCAAUGUAUCUCUUACAUAAAAUCUCAUCCUGAACAGAUUAUAUUUUUAAUUGUUCCUGGUACUUUUAGUUCACAAAUUGUACCAGAAAUCUAUGAAUUAUCAAGUAUUUCUAUGAUAUUUGUUUUUUGUUCAAAUAUGAAAGCACAUAUAGACUGGGCGAUAGGUUUUAGUGAUAAAUUAAGUAUGUUUGAUCAUGAAGAUGAUUUAUUACAAAACUUAUGGUCCGAAAUUGAGAAUUAUUCACGAGAACAAUCAAAACAAUAUAUAAAAUUUGCAGAUGAAUGUAAAGAACGUUCAAAACAACUACAACAAUCAUGUGGAUAA